AACGAGGAUUGCUUGCGUUUCAGAGACGUCCUCCAGGUGAACGAAGAGAUUUAUUUGGAUCGUCGCAACGUUGUCGAAUUUGUCGCGUGGGUGUCGAUGGUGAUGGUGGUGGUGGUAGUAGUAGUAAUAAGAGUAAGUGCGGGCGUCGCGACGCGCGUCCCGCAUAUCGAGUUUUCCGCUUCUGCACGGUUCACGUUAAAUGUCAAAUCCGGGAUCGAUAUCUGUUAGAGUGGUGUGUUGGUUAGUUGGCGGUGAUUUAGUUCUGAAUUAGGGGAAGAAAAAGAGAAGAAAACAAAACAACAAAAAACUCAUCUUCAAUCAUGAGUUAGUAGUGUCAGUUAGAAAACUAAGAGACUAACGACCGCAAACGCCUACGAUGAAGAUCAAUCCGAAGAGGUUCAAGCUGAUCUUCGCAAUACAAGUGGUGUUGAUCCUGUUCGACGUCCUCAUCAACACGUUCUCGAUUUCCUACAAGAAAUACCAUUCGAUUCUGCUGAUAUUCUUCAUAGUCCAAGACGCUUGCUUAAUUUUGGCCCUAUCGUUGCUGCUGCUCUCGUUCUUCUCCACCUACGUAUUUCAGGCCGGACUCGUCGAGUUACUCUACGACAAAUUUCGCCUGACGAUUUACAUAUGCAUCUUCUAUUUCAUCCUCACUACGGUCCUGUACAUAUGGAUCCUAUGCACCGAGACAGAACCGAACUUAGACGCGUACUGGUCGGCCCCUUUCCUUACCUUCUUCAUCCUACAAAGAUUAGUGUCGCCAACGUAUUAUUACUUCUACAAGCGAGCUGCGAUGAAAAUCUGUGACCCGCGUUUCUACGAGGGCAUGGACUGGGAUCACAACCAAUCGAAUCAAUAGAAUCUCUUCACCUGUUGUACAUAUGUAUGAUACCAACUACUACUAGCGAACUAGUAACUUUAGCAUAUCUCUACCGACGUAAAAAGAAAACUGGAACUUACAAGUUUCUCUAAACAAAAUAUAUAUAUAUAAAAAGAAAAACGAUAUUUAAGUGGUUGAAGUUUUAAGAAAGUUUAUGUAAAGCGAUUAUUAUUAUUAUAUAUUUAUGAAGAAGAAGAAGAAAAAAAUGGAAGAAGUCAAAAUAAGAAGAAGAAAAAGCAAAAAGAGAAAGAUUAUUUAUUUAUGAAUAUUGUGAAGAAGACUGAGGUUGUGGCGGCCUCGCUGUGUAUUUUCAAUGAAAAUCUUUUAUUUUAAUAUAACAAAUAACAUUGUAUUUAAGACUGAAACACACUCGGAAAUUAUAUAGGCGAACAAAUUCGGAUCCCGACAACAUUUCGGUUCGACACUUAGCUUGAAGUUUAUCCAUGGAGAUAACGAUAAUAAUAUUAAAUAAAUGUGAUAUAACUGACACUUACAACGGUCGUUUUCUUUGACCUUUAAGAUGUUUUUAGUUAGUUAAAUUAAAAUUUAAAAAGAUGUUCACACUGUAUAUUGCAAUAUAAACAACCCUAUAUAUAUGUAUAAUUAGUUCGUGUGAGAUGGCGCUGCGUUCGCAACAACUGUCAGUUAUAUAUUUUUUAAAAAAUACUCUAAUUAACUGAUUUACUGCCCAUCUCUAGCAAUGAACCUUUAGCUGACAACUUCCAUAGAAAUCGCCCAGACAUACUUAACACUUUAAGGACGGCGCAAAUCGGUUUUCCUGCUGC